AUGUUCUUCGAGACACACGUCGGUCGCCAUGGCGCGGAUCCGUGCCACCACACACUGCUGUGUCUCAACGGUCCCAUCACCAUCCAAGGCCCCUGCGGUGUGAUGGGCUUUGGCAUCGGCGAGGUCGCCGUUGGCGGUUUCUACAUAGGCAGGAAGCAAAUUGUGCUGCACAGCGACACACAGAAGGUCGUCAUGACGCCAGUGACGCGCCUCAAAAACAAGAGCGCAGGAUUGGAGUCGCUGCCGGUGCCGGUGCGCUUACAACAACAACAACUUGACGGCCCCAUCAUUGUCGUGCCGCCCUCACCACUGCCAGGAAACAGUUAUGUUGCUGCUGCUGCUGCUGCUGCUGGUGAUGAUAAUGAUGAUGAGAAUAACACCGGGGCAAAUGAGGAUGACAACAACGACAACGUGGAGGUGUUUGGCACCAUUGAUUGGAACUGGGUGGAGGCGACCGUCGCGUCGUGGCGGGGUCGCUUUGCAAGCAAGCUGCCAAGUGUCGUGCUCAUUGUACAGCCGUACGAUCCGUGCGGCGUGCCACCGACACGCCGGCACUUCUUCAAGCGGUGCCCGCAGAAGAAGCAGAACCAAAAGAAGCAACAGCAACAGCAGCAGGUGGAGGAGUUACCAGCAGAUGCCUUCAUCGACGUGCCGCGCUUUGUUGCGCGGCGCCACGAGCCUGGCAUCGAUGCGGCGCUGUUGCCGGAAGUCAUCCCCGCCAUUAUAAAGCACAACAACGGCACCGUUGUAGUGCUGGGCUCGCAGGGCAUUGGCAAGUCGACGCUCGCCCGCUUUCUUGCGAACGGUCUGCUCUCGCAACAUGGUGUGUGCUACUGGCUCGACCUUGACCUCGGCCGGCCGGAGUUUGGGCCGCCGGGCACGCUCUCUCUGCACCGUGUGUGCCGCCCGUUGCUGCGUCCAAGCGACACCGCGUGUGUAGAGUUGGUGCGCGGACACUACCUCGGUGGUGCGCGGCUGCGCUGCCCGCUCGCUGCUGCAGCUGCAGUGGAGCGGCUAUGCGCCGUUGUGGAGUUGCUACAGCGACGGUAUCCCGUCGUGGUAAACACACACGGGUGGGUGCUCAGCACCGGCCGCCGCAUGACGGUGGAGGCGAUACGCCGCCUGCAACCGCGGCACAUCAUUCACCUGGUGAAGGAGCGCGAGCAGCGGUGGGCGCGCGACAGCGAGGUGCUUAUGCACCCCGCUAACGGCCUCAACUCGGAGGUGCUGCACAACCGCUUUCUUGUACACCGUGCGGCGCGAUCCCAAGUGGUUGGUCGAUUCCCGCAUCCGCAUCGCGUUACAGACAACCGCGGCGCUGCUGCUGCUGCUGCUGCUGCUUCUGCUACAGAGUGGUGUGGGACGGUGCAUACGGUGCAGGUGAAGCGGGAUGAGGGGAUGCUGCGGCGUAGUAUGCAGCCCAAGGCUUCCGCGCUUCGCCACGCCAUGUGGCAGCAACAGUUGGCCCCGAUCUUCAACUAUUACGAGGCGGUGGAAAUGACGAAGCGGCGGGCAAAGGGAUCCGAGGCGCAUCUUGCGGAAGCAGAAACGACAACCACACUCUUCAAGGGGAUGCUGAGUCAGUUCGAGGCGAUUGUGUUUACCGACGUGGCGGAUGCUCGAAGCAUGACGGAGGAAGCAGUGUGCGCGGCGCUGGAGCACAGCGUGGUGGCCCUUUCCUUCCGCAUUGUACCCGCCGCUGCCGCCACGAAGCAACAACACCAGCAGCAGCAGCUGAAGAAGAAUUAUCGGUGCCUGGCGGACAUGCCGGCGGGGUUUCCGUUCUCAUGUUUCGGCGUCGUGGAGAGCAGCGAGGCUGCGAUGCGGGCGUCGAACGAAAUCCACAUCCGCCUUCCGCUGCCCCGUGACGUGGUGCGCCGCAUGCUGACGACAGACGGCGAGGGUGCGCACGUCCGCCUCUCUCUCGCGUGCACGCUCGCCGACCGCGCCGAUACCGCGGCGCUGGAGGCGUACCUUUAA